CUUUUUUCGAUGGAGUAACUGCUUGAACGAUAUUAAGAAUUAGAAAAACGCAAUUCUGAGGAAUUAGAACAUGAUAAAUCAAUAACUUAUUUAUUAUACAUAGAAGGAUUUAAGUGGGAUGAUUUAGAAAAAAUAAAGAAAAUAAAUAAAAUUUCACAAUCUAAGGUAGAAAAGAGAAUAACUUUAGUAUAAGAUGUAAUAAUAAAAAAAUAGUUUAGUUUGGUAUACUAAGGAGAGAUGUGGAGCCACAUACAGGAGAAAAUGAUAAUUGUAAGAAGUUGGUAAAAGACAUUGAUAUGCAUAUAAAUUCAAUAAUGUUUGAGAUUGAUAAAUUGGAAUAGUUGAAAUAAAAAUCAUAGAGAUUCUUAAGAUUAUAAAGUUAACCUAAUUUAAAACCAGAGACUGCUCCAACUGAUAUAAUGACUCAAACUGGUGGUUUAUUUUCAAGUACAAGUGAUGGAUAGAAUAGAAUGUAUAAAAGCAGUUUUCAAUUUUAUCGUGCUUAAAGAGAUUAAUAGAUUUAAUCACAUAAUUAAAAAUGGAUAGAGAAAUAAUAUAGCAUUUAAAAAAAACUAAUAGAAGAUGAAAAAGAGUUUUAGAAGUUUCGUUUUGAUAUUGAAGCAAAGUAAAUGAAAGCUGAAAUGAAUUUAGAGGAAUAUUAAUAAUGGUAAGCUCGAUAAUUAAAAGAAUAAGAAGAAUUGAAUUCGAAGAGAUUACAAUUACAUAAAGAUAGAAUGUUAAAAGAUUAAUAAUAUAGAUAAGCUGUAUUAGAAGAUAAGAUGUAGAGAAAAGACAAGUAAUUAUAAAAAUAGAUGUCAUUAUUACAGGAUUUUCAUGAAGAAUAGAAAUAGAAAAAGGAGGAACACUUUUUUUAAAUUCUUUAAAAGUCUAUGGGUGCUUUGAAUGAUAAAGAUAAAUUUAAUUAAUAUUAAAAAGAGUAAUCAGAAAAAAAAGAAUUAGAAAAUUAUAGAAAAUUAAAAUAUAUAGAAGAAUCAAAAUAAUGGACAAAGUAAUAAUUAUAAAAAUAAGCAGAUAUAAAGUAAUAAAAAAUAGAGAGGGCAAAUGUAUAAUAUAAUCAGUUUAUAAUAAUAGUAAAUAUUAGCAACAUAAGAUAUUUAAAGACGAGAGAAAUUUGAUGAGAAAGAAAAGAAAUAAUAAAGUUAUAUGGAUAAAUGUAAGAUAGUAUUUUCAGAGUAUUAGAAUAAGAUUAAUAAAGAAAAAGAAGAUAAAAUGCAUAAUUUUUAGAUAGUAAGUCUAAAUUAUGAUGUUAGAAUAAAGCUAUAGAAGAUGCGAGUAAAGAAUAAUUGAUUAAGUAUCAAUUUGAAAGAAGAUCAAAUAGUUAGGCUUAGGCUUAGAGAUUGAAAGAGAGAAGAUUAAAAAUAUUUUAAGAAGAGAAAGCAGGAGAACAUUUAAUAAAAUAAUUAGAGAUUAACUAGAGAUUAAAUUAAUUAGAAUGGGAAUAAGAACUAAAAAGAAGAAAGUAAUAAAUUAUAGAAGAAGAGUAAAAAUAAAGAUAAUUAAUGAUUGAGUAUAAUUUAUAAUUUAGAUUAUAGGAAUGAUGCAAGAGAGACAAUGAGAGAAAGAGAAAAGAAUGCUAGAAAAUUAGAAAUUGAAAAAGAAAUAAAGGAGAAAGAAAUGAAGACAAUCAAGUUUUAGAAGGUUUGA